ACACAGAGAACUUCAGCUGACACAGUCUAAACUCGCGUCUCUCUCUGGGAACCAUGUUGGGCCUAAACUGGGGCAGACGCACCAGUGUUUACACAGGCGAGAGCCAGUGAACUCCUCCCGAACAUGACCAAGUAAGGCCUUCGGUUGACUGUCAUCAAUCAUGCCCAUUCUCUUAAUUAAAGAACACAAUGAUUGGGGGCAGAUGUGGUGAUAAAAGCAGCGGGACGGUGACUCACAGGAUCUGGGGUGACAACGACGUCGUCCGCCGCUCCGCCGAGGCACGGAUCAUGUCAUCAGGACAGCUGUAUGUUUGCACCCCUGCUGGAGAGUCAGGCCUCCAGCUCUUCGGGAGGCGACGGGCAUGUUUCUAUCAAUCCCAACAUCAGCCACUCAGUGUCCUGGAGCUCCUCGCACGCCAACAGUUUCCACUCUGGAGCUACAGAGACGGAGAGCGACCGACACUCCGGCAUGAACACCAGCAUUAGCGAGAUCCUGAAGGAGAAGAGCCUGAAGCCGUCUCGCCGCAGCCUGCCCUGCCUGGCUCAGAGUCAGACUCAUCCAAUCAACCUCAACCACUUCCUGUCUGUGCCCCUGAGCCCAGAGCCCAAACCAGAAGUCCAAGCUCUGAGUCAGAGCAUCAGCACUUCCUGCAGCCUCCUCCCCCCACAGACAGAGGAUGGCAAGGAUCGCUAUACAGAGGAGUCAGAGGUGACUACGUGUGAAACGAGAGCGGACGAGUCAUUUCUGCUACAAAAGCCUGCCACUCGUGCUAAAUUAGAGGCCCGUACGGAUUCACUUAAGGGAAAGAAUCCCGCUCAUUCCUCUGGACUCUUCUUCCGAGAUGGGAAAAAACGUAUCGACUACAUCCUGGUGUACAAGAAGUCCAGUCCACAGGUGGAGAAAAGGUGCACGUUCGAGAAGAAUCUACGUGCUGAGGGCCUGAUGUUGGAGAAAGAGCCGUCGCUGACAAACAACGACAUCAUGUUUGUGAAGAUUCACGCUCCUUGGGAUACACUUUGCAAAUAUGCAGAGCAGAUGAACAUCAGAAUGCCUUUCAAGAAAAAAUGUUACUUCACAGACUGGAAGAGCAAAACACUGGGCAGCAGGUUUCAUCGGAGAUGUCAUCAGAUCAAAAACUGGCUUCCCAGAAAUCCCAUGAAGCUGGACAAACAGGCCUUGCCUGACCUGGAGGAGACCGACUGCUACACAGCCCCGUUCAGCAGAGCACGGACGCAUCACUUCACUAUCAACAACAGAGAAACCUUCUUCUCCAAUUCCACCAGAAGCAGAAUAGUCCAUCAUGUCCUGCAACGCACCAAGUAUGAGGACGGGAAACCAAAGAUGGGCAUCAACCGGUUAUUGGGCAACAACACAUACGAGGCUGCAUUUCCUCCUCAUGAGGGUGGUUACAAGAGCCGACAUCCUAUAAAGACACAUGGAGCCCAGAACCACAGGCAUCUUCUGUACGAGCGCUGGGCCCGCUGGGGCAUCUGGUAUAAAUACCAGCCUCUUGACCUCAUCAGACGUUACUUUGGAGAGAAAAUCGGCCUUUACUUUGCAUGGUUGGGCUGGUACACUGGCAUGUUGAUCCCUGCCGCCCUGGUUGGCGUUUUUGUCUUCCUCUAUGGUCUCUUCACCAUGGACUCUAGUCAAGUCAGUAAAGAAAUAUGUGAAGCCAACACUACAACCAUGUGUCCCAUGUGUGAGGAGACCUGUGGCCCGUGGACGCUGAGUGACAGCUGUGUUUACGCAAAGGUGACCCAUCUGUUUGACAAUGGCGGCACUGUGUUCUUUGCAAUCUUCAUGGCUAUUUGGGCCACAGUAUUCCUGGAGUUCUGGAAAAGGAGGAGGGCAGAGCUGACUUAUGACUGGGAUCUCAUUGACUGGGAAGAGGAAGAGGAGGAGCUGCGGCCUCAGUUUGAAGCCAAGUACUCCAGGGUGGAGAGAGUCAACCCCAUCUCUGGCAAGCCCGAGCCGUUCCAGCCGUUCUCAGACAAACUCAGCCGGCUCAUGGUGUCUGUGUCCGGAAUAUUCUUCAUGAUUUCCCUCGUUCUGACGGCCGUGUUUGCCGUGGUGGUUUUCCGUCUCAUAGUGAUGGAGAAGUUCGCCUCCUUCGGCUGGAAGUUUGUGAAGAAGAACUGGCAGUUUGCCACCUCUGGCACCGGCGUCUGCAUCAACUUCAUGAUUAUAAUGUCUCUCAACGUGGUGUAUGAAAAGGUGGCCUAUCUGCUGACUAAUUUAGAGCAUCCACGUACAGAGUCUGAGUGGGAGAACAGCUUCGCUCUGAAGAUGUUUCUCUUCCAGUUUGUAAAUCUGAACAGCUCCACAUUUUACAUCGCCUUCUUUCUUGGAAGGUUUGCUGGCAGGCCCGGGAAAUACAAUAAACUCUUUAAUCGAUGGAGACUGGAGGAGUGUCACCCGAGCGGCUGUUUGAUUGAUUUGUGCCUGCAAAUGGGAGUCAUCAUGUUCUUCAAACAAAUCUGGAACAACUUCAUGGAGCUCGGUUAUCCUUUGCUGCAGAACUGGUGGUCUCGCAGGAAGAUAAAGAAAGGAGGUGGAGGAGGGCAGAAUGUAGAGAAUAAAGCCCAGCUCCCACAGUGGGACAAAGACUGGAAUCUGCAGCCGAUGAACGCCCAUGGUCUGGUGGAUGAAUACCUUGAAAUGGUUCUCCAGUUUGGCUUCACCACCAUCUUUGUAGCAGCGUUCCCGCUGGCUCCUCUCCUGGCUCUGCUCAACAACAUCAUCGAGAUUCGUCUUGACGCCUACAAGUUUGUCACUCAGUGGAGAAGACCCAUGCCGGCCCGAGCCACUGACAUCGGUAUCUGGCAUGGGAUCCUCGAAGGAAUCGGCGUGCUGGCAGUCAUCACCAACGCCUUUGUCAUCGCCAUCACCUCAGACUUCAUCCCCCGCGUUGUGUACGCCUUCAAAUACGGCCCGUGUGUGAACAAGGGGCAUCACCACGAGGAUGAGUGUCUGCGAGGCUACAUGAACAGCAGCUUGUCUGUGUUCGACAUGGGCGAGCUCAACAACAGCAGCCAGUCCAGAUACUGUAGGUACCGGGACUACAGAGCGCCACCCUGGAGCCCAGUUCCAUAUGAAUUCACCCUGCAGUUCUGGCACGUCUUGGCUGCCAGGCUGGCCUUCAUCAUCGUCUUUGAGCACCUGGUGUUUGGGAUCAAGUCCUUCAUAGCGUACCUCAUUCCGGACAUGCCGAAGGAUCUGUGUGAUCGCAUGAGGAGGGAGAAGUACCUGAUGCAGGAGAUGAUGUAUGAAGCAGAGCUGGAGCACCUGCAGAAGGAGCGGAAAAAGAACGGACGGCGAUAUCACCAUGAGUGGCCUUAGCUUUACCCCCCACGUCUCCACUACACGCCUCACAACUCACAGGCACAACCUUGCCCCCUGCCUGCUUGUUUAUGUAUUUUAGCUUUGAGAGAGUCCAGCUUCACUCAGCUGAUUCCGUUACACCAAAGACACCCUCUUCAGUGAUCAGAUGCCUCGCUCUACCCCACCCCAGGCCUGCUUGGCUUCAGCUCAAGCUCCGACCCGGAACCCUCUCUCACCAUCUGUUCCGUAUUCGGCUUUGACGCUUUUUCUCGGUUCCUGCCCCGCCCCUGAUCCCUCACCUGGCUGUGUCCAGCAGGUUGCCCUCUAGUCUGUGCUAUGUCAUGGCUUUACUUGGGGAAAACCUUUCCAAUUGCAAUGUUUACUAUGCAGAUCAAGGGCUGCAGAUCGCCACUGUUCGCUCUUGGCAUCCAUCCCACACUCUUCUCUGUGUGGCAGCUAGCACUUCGCUUUGGCUCUGCAGUCCGACGCAGCCCGCAGCAUGGCCGUGUAUUUCUACCACCAGUGGCGUUAUGUGACAGAGCUACUGUGGCACUUAGCGUUUUAAUGUUGCAAAAGUGAUUCUGGUAUUUUGUGGCUACCAAAUAAAAUGGACUGUUCUUGCAAAGUGACUGUAAAUUGCCCUUGAAGCAUGCUGAUUCAAAUUUGCUACCAUUUCAUACACAGUAAAAAAAGAAUAAAACAUAAAAACAACAUCCAUUCAGAACAUCUGACAAAGAAUUCUCUAUGGAAUCAUAUAAAGUGCAUGAUAAUUUUCUUUCGUACCUUUCUGACGGAUAAAGCCCCUGUCUUGAUGCCUGGUUCACACGUGUCUGUACUCAGUGUGUGCCGUCUGUUACUCUCUGUCUGUGCAACUGCUGAGCUUGACCGUCUUGAGUUGAGAAUAUGUGAACUUUGUGCAAUUUGAUUGUGCCUACAGUUGUGUGCACCACAAUUGUGUCACCAAAAUCACGUGUGCCUGUUUGUGCUGCACGUGCUUUUUCUUCAAGUGCAAGAAAAUAUACUCUAUCCUGGUUUUGUCGUCCAAUCUGCUGUAAACUCUCUGAACCCUCCUGCCAGGAAUUUGUUUUGGAUGUGAGUCACACCGCUGUACCUACUCGGGUCUCAGCUAAUGGCUUCGAAACACACGGGCCGUGUACGUUGUAACGCGACUCCCAGCGUGAAACAAUGUAUACACUCGCAUGCAGGAGCUACAAAUCUGCUCUUCCGUUCUGCGCCCGCAGCCUGUUUUUCAUUUGCUGUUGGAAACACUGAAGCGUGGUUGAAACUUGGAUCACUUGGGCAUACCUGUGGCUUGAAUGUUCAGUUUGCAAAGAACAUCCAUCCACUGUUCCACACUCAGAAAGUACAGCGAGAGUCUUUACUUCCAGUGUUUUACUGAGCAGAUGUGGUUACAGCUGAUUUCUGGCCUUUAUCAAUGUGAAAAUGAGAAAUUAGGUUUUUGUUAAAGACAGAGUUUGAGAUCAGAGCAGAAUGUUUUUAUCCAGUGAGAACUCAGGAUAUCAGCCAGCAUGAGCGACACAUCUGUCUAUGAGGCUGAAUCAUAUAAUUUCCUGUUGGGAUUGAAGGUUAUGGAGGAUGUACAGUGAGGUAUUAAUGUUCUUAGUAGGUGACGAAAUCUCAAACUCACAAUGAUCAUGUGAUGAUGGUAAAGACUGAGAGUUAACCACAUUAUGCACAGUAAAAGUGAAAGUAACAUGUGACUGUGAAAAAAAUCACUACCCUGAAUGCAUUGCACAACACUGAGAAACGUAUUCCUCAUUUUGCAAGAAUUGUACAUUACUUGUAUUUAUUUCCUUUGCUGUUCUUUCUACAUUUUCUGAUGUGUGUAAUGUUUUUUAUACAUUUAAACUUGUGUAUUAUGAGUUCACCUGUUUUCACCCUCAGAUCGACAAACGUCCACAUUUCUCAGGUGUCCUCUGAAUGUUUGCUGAUGAUCAACAUGUUGUCAUCUUUUCUACGAUGCAAUCCAAGCUGUCCUGCUUUUUUAGAUAUAUAUUUUUGCACUGCAUUCCAUUGCAUGACUACGCUGCACAUUCACGAAAAAAGGCAUGUUUGAUUUUCAUGCACAAUCCCAGUGAGAUCGAAAGAGCAGAUCGUAAAGAAUGGCAGUUAUAGAGUUAAUUAUGGAGAUUUAUGAUGCAGGCUGUUGGAUUAAAUCUAAUUAUGUUUUUAUGUCAUUCAUUAACAUUUCAUUCACAAGAGAGAGAGAUAUUUGUUUAAAAUCUUAUCCCAGUAAUGUUUAGGAAACUAGUGCAGCUUUUCAGAAUAUCUUCCUUGCUAUGUGAACAUUGAAAAUCUAUGCAUGUUGUUCUCCUCGAGUGCUUCAUUUCUUUUUGAACAGACGCAGAUGUAAAUGUACUGGUACAUUUGUACUGUAGUGUUAUGCAUGAAACGACCCCUGCUUUGAGCAACUUCGGUAAGAAGCGUCUUAAAACAUAUCACUUUCCUUUUUUUCAGUGUUGAUCCUUUCUGGAGGUCAGGGCGAGACAUGUAUGUUUCUUGAUGUGGCCGAGUUUUAUACUGUUAGAGUGUUUUAUAAACUAUAAUCGACUGAUUCAUUUAAUCUGUCCUGGACUGAGUUUCAAGGGGAGGUUGAUAAAAUCAAAUUCAGACUUGUUUUGUUUGCACACUGGAAAUUAGAAGUUUGUUUACCCUCUAACAGCCGCAGUGUUUGUCCUAAUAGGAUAUGGGUUAUGUCAUGAAUAAUUCUGUGACCUUGUUUCAUUUGCCCGCCUGCUAAUCAUCUCUGGAUGGAAUUCUUUCCCGUUUUCCUGUCUUCAUCAGUUCACGCUCUCACCGAUACAAAUGCUGCACAGCGGUGGAAAGGUGUUUCUCAGGCCUUCUGCUGUUGGCAAUAGCACAACAUGGGUAUUGUGUAAUGAGUAAUAACGGCAUGACCUUGCACCUCGUUCUGCUCGAUGCCGCGCCUCCUAAUGGGAUGAUGUACCUGACAUGGAAGCACAGUGACAUUUUCAAGAUUCAACUGUACAAUAUGAUGGUAUCAGUGGUGACAUGAAGUGUAUCGAUGACAUUGUUUACUUCGUUCCUGUUUACAUGUAAAAACAUACUGAAAUGUAUAAA